UAUAGCGGAGCUCCAAAUAAGGUAUUGAAGUGCCUGUAGUGCAGACGUGUCAUUAGAAUUCGGGAGAGGCGUGGGAAUCUGUGUUCAUUUUCCAGCGAUCUAAGUGUUAAUAAGGUGAAAGGAGGCGUUAAAAUGGCGACUGUGGAAGAACUGAAGCUGAGAGUCCAAGAACUGGAGAAUGAGUUGCUAAAAUGUAAGCUAAGACAAUGUUCCGGGAGCGAUGGUGAUGACAGUCAUGGUCAUCACAGACCCAGAAUCGAGAAGAUGAGCGCUGAAGUGGUGGACAGCAAUCCUUACAGUCGUCUCAUGGCAUUGAAAAGGAUGGGCAUUGUUGAAGACUACGAGAAAAUCCGCACAUAUACGGUAGCAGUGGUUGGAGUCGGGGGGGUGGGGAGCGUUACUGCCGAAAUGCUCACAAGAUGUGGAAUUGGUAAGUUGCUCCUAUUUGACUACGACAAGGUGGAACUUGCCAACAUGAACAGGCUCUUCUUUCAGCCCCAUCAGGCUGGACUGAGCAAAGUGGAAGCUGCUGAACACACAUUGAGGAACAUAAACCCGGACGUGGUGUUCGAAACCCACAACUACAACAUCACGACCAUGGACAACUUCACGCACUUCAUGGAGCGUAUUAGUCACGGGGGGCUUCAGGAAGGAUCACCCGUGGACCUGGUACUGAGCUGCGUGGACAACUUCGAGGCUCGAAUGGCCAUUAAUGCGGCCUGCAACGAGCUGGGCCAGAUCUGGAUGGAGUCGGGGGUCAGCGAGAACGCCGUGUCAGGACACAUCCAGCUCAUCAUUCCCGGGGAAACGGCCUGCUUCGCGUGUGCCCCUCCCCUCGUGGUGGCAGCGAACAUCGAUGAGAAAACGCUGAAGAGGGAGGGCGUGUGCGCCGCCAGCCUACCCACCACCAUGGGCGUGGUGGCUGGCAUCCUGGUGCAGAACGUCCUCAAGUACCUCCUGCGCUUUGGGACAGUCAGCCACUACUUGGGCUACAACGCCAUGCAGGAUUUCUUCCCCAGCAUGUCCAUGAAGGCCAAUCCACAGUGCGAGGAUCGCUACUGCCGGGAGAGGCAGGAGGAGUUCCGGAAGAAGGAAGUGGAACGGCCCAAACAGGAAGUGGUGGAAGAGGAGGAGCAGGUGGUUCAUGAGGACAAUGAGUGGGGCAUAGAGCUGGUCUCCGAGGUAACGGAGGAGGAGCUUAGGGCCGCCUCAGGUCCAGUGCCAGACCUCCCUGAGGGGAUCACCGUGGCAUACACCAUCCCUGAAGAGAGAGCCACACGGGGGCCCGAGGAGGACACAGUCCCGGAGACGGAGCAGAGCUUGGAGGAGCUCAUGGCUCAGAUGAGGAAGAUGUAGCCAUAGCAACAGGGAAACGACCCACCUGACUGAGGGGCACCAGAAACGUGUUCAGAAAGAUGUAAAAAAAUCUUUGCUUUUUGACCGACGGCAAGGAAAGGCGGAGCUUCAGUGCGGCUGGCUAGAGUUCUGGUCUUAAGGACUGUAUUUCUGUCUUGACAUAAAAAGACUUAUCAUCUCAUGCUUAAGUCCCCUUCCCAUUAAUUAUUAAAGACAUCCCUCCUAGUUAAUCACUGUACUGUAAUUACCUGCCUGUUACAUGGCUCAGCAUAACGGCCAGGCGACACAGAGGAAAUCCCAAACCUCCAGCUGUCUAGGCCGCGGACGUCAUGCUGCCGUUCGCUCCUGCUGUGUAUUAAUGAUACCUGUCCUUCCUCCUGUGUGCAGUUUAGCCCUGAUAACACUGAUUAAAAAUGCAAAAGAAGCCA